AUAUAGAUGAGUCUGUUCACGUGUUGGACGAUUUGAAUGAGAAGUUAAUGCAGACGAAUUUGAGUUGAACGAAUACUCGGUCAGCAUUAACAGGUCUGUGUCAAGAUGUUUGUUGGGCCGAGUAAAACUUCAUACUCUCAUCCUCUUCACAAUUUAGUCUAUGUUGUUCUUUUCAAAUUUUUCAUGUUUACCAUACAGCACUGGUAUUCAGCUUCAAACCUUCAAUUUGCGGCCAAAAAUGGAGUUCUGGGGGUUCAGUACUAGCAUUUGGUCGAUUAUCUUACAGCUCUUUCUCCUUAUUUCAGCCUCUUCAGGUCUAGGAGGAGGUCAAUUGGAUAAGCUGGCAUUGCUAGCCUUGAAAGCUGAAAUGAAUGAUACCCUUGGCAUCCUUAGCUCAUGGAAUGAAUCCCUACCUGUCUGCAAGUGGCCAGGCAUUCACUGCAGUCGAAAACACCUGAGAGUGACGGUGCUGGACCUCCAGUCAAGCCAGCUCAAGGGUCACCUGUCUUACCACAUCGGAAACUUGAGCUUUCUCAGGGUAUUAAACCUCCAAAACAAUAGCUUCAGCCAGAUCAUCCCUAAAGAAAUCGGUUCAUUGUCCAAGCUUCAGGUACUUAAUUUAGGCAAGAACAAUUUAAUAGGAGAAAUCCCAGCUUGUUUUGGAAAUCUUUCUUUUCUUAAUAUGUUUUCUGUGGAACAAAAUAAUCUGGUUGGAGCUAUUCCAAGUAGCAUUGGAAAAUUAAAAAGCUUAACAUUUCUUGCACUGGGUACAAAUAACUUGACUGGUACUCUCCCUCCGUCCAUAUACAACCUCUCUUCAAUCAAGCACAUUUCACUGCUUGAUAACCAACUAGAUGGAACUCUUCCUUUUGGAUUGGGGCUCUCAAUAUUUCCACAACUCGAAAUCUUUCAUUUCCACAUGAACCAAUUCAGUGGAGAAAUACCAAUUACAAUCUCCAAUGCCACCCACCUCUCAGAAUUUGGAAUCUCACAGAACCAUUUUACUGGCAAAGUACCUAGCAUGGCGAGGAUGACAAAUCUGUCUAGGGUAGAAAUGGAUGAUAACAAUCUUGGAUAUGGGGAUAACGAUUUGGGUUUUGUCUCUUCUUUGGUUAACAGCACUAAAUUAGAGCUGUUGGGAUUUAAUGGAAAUAAAUUUCAAGGAGUUCUACCUGAGUCCAUAGGCAAUCUCUCAAAAAAGCUCAAGGCAAUUAGAUUGGGAAGAAAUCAGAUACGCGGAAGCAUUCCAAUUGGGAUUGGAAAUCUCAUCAACUUGGGGAUACUAGGCUUGGAUAUCAACCUAUUAACAGGCCCUGUACCAAGCUCAAUUGGUAAACUACAUAAGCUGUAUAAUCUGUUUCUGAAUCACAAUCAGCUGUCAGGUACUAUCCCAUCUUCUCUAGGAAAUCUAACUUCACUAAGCACAUUGUUUCUCUUUUCAAACAACUUACGAGGAGGAAUACCACAGAGUCUUGGUCAAUGCAACAACUUGCUUGUUUUGGUUCUUUCUCAAAAUAAUCUUAGUGGUUUCAUUCCACCUGAAAUCCUCAGUUUAUCCUCCUUGUCACAAGUUCUGGAUUUGUCUAGUAACCAUUUUACUGGUCCCAUUUCUAUUGAAGUAGGUAAGUUAAAGAAUCUUGUUGCCUUGGAUGUUUCUGAAAACAAGUUGUCAGGUUCGAUUCCAUCGGACAUACGGAGUUGCAAAAGUUUGGAAACUUUGCAUUUGGAAGGGAACUUGUUGGAAGGGAUGCUUCUUGGUUGGUUGUUGGAGGUGAGAGGUCUUGAAGAUAUUGACGUCUCUCGUAACAACUUGUCUGGCACGAUUCCUGAUGCCUUUGGGAAUCUCCCAUUUUUGCGUAAUUUGAAUCUGUCAUUUAAUGAUUUUGAUGGUGCAGUACCAUUGGACGGGGUUUUCCAGAAUACUAGUGCGUUUUCUAUCAUGGGAAACGCACGGCUUUGUGGAGGUAUACCUACCUUAAGACUUCCCAGAUGCAAUUCUACAGAAUCGAUUCCAAGGGUGAAAAUCAUUACCUCAAUUGCUUGUAGCGGGGUUAUUGUUAUCAUAGUGUUGUGCUUUUUGCUUAUUCACCCGUUAAGAAAAGGAAAAGUGAAGUCGACACCAAGAUCAUGCUCAUUGGGGGUUUCACAAUUGAAAGUGUCAUAUGGAGAUCUUCUCAAAGCAACUAAUGGGUUCUCUCCCCGGAAUUUGAUUGGUAGGGGUAGGUUUGGGUCUGUGUAUAGGGGAAUUCUCCAUCAGGAAGAAAGAAUUGUUGCAGUGAAAGUACUUAAUCUUCAAAGUUCAAGAGGAAGUUUUAUAGCUGAAUGUGAAAUCUUGAAAAGCAUUAGGCAUCGGAAUAUUGUCAAAUUAAUAACUGCUUGUGCAAGUAUCGAUUUCAAAGGAAAUGAUUUCAAAGCUUUGGUGUAUCAGUUUAUGAUGAAUGGAAGUUUAGAAGAAUGGCUACACAGUUCAGCUGAUAGACUACCUGGGGCUCCCUUUGUGCAAGGGUAUUUGAAUCUUAUUCAGAGGGUAAACAUUGCCAUUGACAUAGCUACUGCUCUGGAUUAUAUGCACAAUUUCUUUCACAAGCCAAUAGUUCAUUGUGAUUUGAAGCCUCGUAACAUUCUCUUGGACAAUGAUAUGAAUGCCUGUGUUGGUGACUUUGGUUUAGCAAGGUACCUCACAAAUCCACUCCACGCACAUGAAAAUUCUUCCAAUGCAAUAAUGGGUUCCAUCGGCUAUAUUGCUCCAGAGUAUGGUAUGGGAAGUCCGGUGUCAACAUAUGGCGACGUGUAUAGCUAUGGGAUCUUAUUAUUGGAGAUGUUUACGGGCAAGAGGCCAACUGCUGACAUGUUUACAGAUGGUCUGAACCUGCACAAGUAUGUUCGGAUGACUUUGCCUGAAUGUGUGAAAGAAAUAUAUGAUCCAGUGCUUCUUCAAAGUAAAGAGCACAGCACUAUCAUUAAUGCCAGGAUGAGCAACAGGAAUCACAUUCAGAAUGAUCAAAGGCAAAGGGUUGAAAAAUGCUUGGUUUCCAUUGCUAGGAUAGGAGUUGCUUGUUCAGUAGAUUUGCCCAAAGCGCGAAUGGAGAUCGGGAAAGUGAUCGAUGAAUUGCAUCUAAUAAGGGAUGUACUAACUGGAACCAAGAUGCCUGGAGAGCAUAUGAUAACUACUUGAAGCCUAUACUGUAACUAAUACAACUGCUAGUGGUCGGGAUCAUGGAAACAUGAUAGUCCCGGACCACGCAAUAAUUACCCAUCUAUAUGUACUGGGUUUUGACUAUCAUGUCAUGAGCUUAAGGCUCAUGCUUCGUGAAGGCUAAUAGUCAGAGCUUCAGCU